AUGUCUUCAUGGUACAGACGCCUGAAGUUCAAGAGCGAACAAGCCGGCUGGUCGCAUGCUGAUGAGACAGGUAGCAGAGCCGAUGGCAGUACUCUGCGUGGGUUUCGUCGGGCCCUUCCACGGUCGAGACAUGGCAAUACGAUUUUACUGGUGUACCAUGAUGGCUACUCGAUGUUCGUGGAACUGGUCCCACUUAGGAGAGCUACGGCGGCGCACUUGCAGACGGCGUUUCGAGAGAGGAUUUUGAGUUGGUUCUGGGUGCCCAAGAAGUUCGUGUGCGACAACGGGGUACAGUUUACGAGCCGAAGCUUCAAGUAUUUUCUGGAAUCCCUGGGUGUAGAGGUCCAGUUUACCGUCCCGUACUGUCCGCAAGAGAAUAUCAAUAAGAUGACCACUAGGACCGUUAGGACCAUGUUCAUCGAAGGCCAUCAGAGUUCGUGGGACGAGCUCUUGUCGGAGAUAUCGCUAGCAGUCAACACAAGUGUGGCGGACUUGACAGGAUUCAGUCCCGCUUUUCUGAUGCAGGGCUGGGAGCCAUGGUUGCCUGUCGCUCUGUACGAUCAGGUGACUCCGGGGUCCGCAACUAGUGCGUUCGACCCUAGGACGAACGCGGAUAGGUUGAGGGAAAUCUUUUAUAUCGCCCACAGCAAUAUCCAGCGUGCAUCAAAGGACCAGGGCAGACAGUACAACCUGCGGAGACAAGAGUGGCGGCCUUCAUUAGACUCGAUGGUCCUGUUACGGCAGAACCAACUGUCCAACGACGCUGAGGGCUUCGCUGCGAUAUCGGCACCCAAGUUCGUUGGCCCCUAUAGGGUUACCAGGUUCGUGUCGCCUAACAUUGUGCGCCUAGUGAGGCCAAACGAACAGAAGAAGAGGGUGGCCAAUAUCUCUCAGCUGAAGCCGUUCUACCAAGAUAUGACUGAUGAGAAACCAGGACCCGUGGACGCCCACGAGUAG